AUGAACAUGGGAGACUUGCAGGACUUGCAGGACCUUACCAGCAUCGCCAGGACUGCAGAAGAGGUGCAAUCUGUGCGACGGCAGCUGGAAGAACUUGAACAGGAGCUGCAUAAACUAGCAGGUGAUGACUUUCGAAAAACGGAAGGUCUUUCCUGCUUACACGGCGGAGAGAUGAGCCUCGCAAUGGCGAAGGAGCUCCUGUCUGCGACCAGGAACUCUGGAGCUGAACAAACAUCUGACGUACCAUCUGAUGUUCAUGGCUAUGUGGUAUCACCAGUGUCCAGUCUUGCGUCACAGAUCCCUGCGCCGCGCUCCGCACCCUGCAGCAAUGCUGCAGACCGGCGCGCAAAGCUCCAGAGGGCGGCACGGAUUCUCUUGAGGGCAUCCAGUGCAGCUGGAAGAUCCAGCUGA